AGAUCAAAUCUCCUUGAAACCAAACAAAUGCACAUGUGGCCCAACGACGCAUAGCCCCGAUCCGCUCUACAUGCUCACCGGAACGUCAUUCUUCUCCGUUCACCUUGGGAUACGAUACAUGCUGUCCGUUGGGUGUGCGUUCUCGCUAGUCGAAGGGCACUAGCUGCCAUGAACCACCCCGCAAGCGCAUCUAGCAGGACUUCCUCCACGCCCGCCAGCGACACAUUGAGACCGCGAGUGCGCAAACUUAUCUCCGGACUUGAUGAUGACGAGGACACUGGCCUAGAUGCUGGCGGCGUCACGAGCGGGCGGGUAGCGUCGCCGCGGCAUUCGAGACCGACGUCACCACUUCCAACCAAGCAUCCGUCGAGGACGAGUGUUCGCGACCCCCCACGAAGCACCUUCAGCAGUGAGGCACCCGGAAAGCGAUUGCAGAGCCCGGGUGGCUUAACGAGUCUAUGGGGAGGCAGCUGGUCUAGCUUGCAGGGGCUGGCGAGCAGUUUCCUGGGCGGCGAGACUGCUGGCAGCGCUGGCAACAGUCGCACAGGUAGCAGGAGCAGACCCUCUACUAUGCUAUCAUCUAGUAAGCCCAGGAGUGGAAUACCAACCGAAUGGGGCCCUUCCGAGAGCAUCCAGGUUGGCUCGGGAACCAAUGAAGAGAGGGACGCGCUGAUACGAGCGGCAAAGCGUAAGGAACUGUUGCGGGCGAAUGGACAUGGCAUGGUUGAUGCGAGUGGGCGGCACAAGAGACGCACUUCAGAUGACUUCACGGGGUUGACAGGAUCAGUGCAGCCUAGCGAGGACAAUGAUCGCGACGCGCUAGUCUAUCUCCAUCAUGUGAAGCCAAACGACACGUUUAUCGGUCUCACCAUAAAGUACAAUUGCCAAGCGGCAGACAUCAGGAAAGCGAACAGACUAUGGCCGAACGACCCAAUACAGUCACGCAGUACCAUAUUGCUUCCUGUGGACGCAUGCGGCGUGAAAGGCAGACCGGUUCCAGGGCCGGAGCCCAUCAUUGAGGAGCAGGAUCUUCUCGGGGACCCCAGCGAGACCAUUAGUAUGCAUGAGAGUCCAAAAGAGUCACCUCCAGACUUCGUCAAUGGCUGGCACAAGGCUUUGGAUCAUGAAGACACGGCACGGCCGUCAUCCUCACUUCCCACAUCAUGUGCAGGUUCGACAGCGGGAGAUCCGCUGGAAUUGCAUUGGAAGCACGAGUCGUGGGUGCUUCUCCCCAGCGAAAAGGAGCCCGUUGAAAUUGUGCGGCUGCCGCGUAGGCAUCUGGGCUAUUUUCCGCGAGCGCGGCGAAAAAGCAAUCCCUACUCGGAUUUGGGCACGCCGCGCAUGACCCCCACCACCUCGCUCGACAUACCGCGCAUUCCACCUUCUCCGGGUUCCGCGCAGUCGGAAGCGUAUGCUGCGCUGCGGCCCUCGCCUUCGCGACGGCGCUCUCACUCCAACGCGCACUUCCCAUCGACGAGCCUGUUCUCCGGCCCAGGAGGCAUUGGGAGCCUCAGCAAAAAUGCCAGCACCAUCGGACCAGCCAAGGACCGACUGAACGAGCUCCUGGGCCCGCACCUCCCUAACGUGGCGCCCCCGCCGCAGCAAACCGUCUUCACGCCUUGGAAUCCAGGCAUCCGCGACGAAGAUCUCAUGAGCUUUGGCGAAGCUUCCCCAGCGAUCCCAGUCGCAGACGCAACGCACUCGGACGGCCUGUCCAGCAUCGACUUCCAGGAGAUGACGGGAAAGGUUGAGCGAUGGGUCCGCAAGACGGUCAAGAAGGCCGGGAGCGCGUACGCCGCGAGCGCGAGUGCGAGCGCGAGCCGGGGAAUCCAGGGGAUGGCGGCCGGGAGCGGCGUAGGCGAUCUGAUCGAGCUCACAGACUCCUUCGAGAUCGGAGAGGGCAACCGGAGUGACGAUCUGAUCGAUGUCGGGCACCAAGGCGAGGGGAGCAGUGCCGCAGAGUUUGGGGCCGAAGGCAUGAGAGGGAGGAGGAUGGUUCGGCAAGCGAACGCCCAUACUUCGGACGACGGUCGUUUGAAAGGCGGGAAAGGCGACUGAAGGAGAUCGCCGGAUGCUCAGAGAAUGAUGGGAAUCAGAUUUUUUUUUUGCUUUCCUCAAAUGUUUCUUUAAGCUCUUGUGAUCUUCUUCAUGAGCCGUAGCCGACACAAAAUCUUUGUUUCUUUUUUCCAAAUGUUUUUUUUGUCGGGAUGCAUCCUUUAGCGACAUUGUUUCUGGCGUGCCUACGAGCUCUCUGAAUUGUACACAGGGAUUUUAUCGAGUGGUCGGGCGAUCAAUUGGCGACGUAUAUUACAAACACACACACACACACACACACACACACAC